AUGGACCCUUUGUCCAACGUCGCUCUAGACAGGGGAUAUGAUAGCUGUACUAUCCAUUUUCAUACAGUGCUCAGGGCCAAUAAUCACGGUGGCGAUAAAGAUGGCCAGCACACAAGAGUCCGAAUCGUCGCUGCAACUGGCAAUGCAACACCAUCCGUCAGCUUCACACAACCUAAGCAACAGCGGCCUCGACUUCAAUUUCCGCCCUCGUCCAAGGCCCCGCAAAAUAACCCGGCAAACCACCGAACAGCCCAUGAACUGGCCAUUGACAGAUUCCUGAUGCAGACUAACUCCUCAUCAAAUGGCGGCCCCCGGACUAACGCUUGUUCCGCUCCUGAUUGGCUCGCGAUAACGGCCCGUGGAGAGGCGUCCCCGCAUGAUGAUCGCAAUCAGGGAUUCUCCAACCAUUUGCCGUUACAACCACACAAAAGACCAAAAGAGGGCCCAGCAGCAGCUUUAGCAGCUCUAGCAGCUUUAGCGACCACAGACAAACAAAGUCCCGGGGCCGUUGCGGCAUCCAGCGCCACUAGCUGUUUUCCCGGCCGGCGAAAAAGAGCGGCUUUGGCCUUUCUGCCCGCUCACGAUGGCGACACGACUCUCGGCGGCAUACAGUAA